CAUAAUCCACUCCAUAAAGAGAGAGCCCACGCUGCCUCCACAUGUUGAUCACAUUGACUUUGAGGACCUAUAGGGUUUUGUUUUUUUGUCCCUUCCCAGAUUCCCUAAAUGCUUUUGUAUAAGCAUGUUAUGAAUGAAUCGUAGGACUCACUGAGUCCAUCUUAAAUUUUGAACUUUUCCAUGGUGAAGAGAUCAACAAUGGCUUCCUCUUCCCCCAAGCCAUCUAAACGCUAUAGCCUUCGAUCCAUUAGCUUGCCAGCUAGAUCUCAUCCGAGCACAUUAAGAGUUGAAGAACAGCUAAACAAGAUUAAAUCUUGGGAGGCAUCAACUUCUUCAUCAAAAAGGGUAGAAACAAUAUGCCUCGGUCUAUCCCUGCUAGGCGAAUUGUAUAGAUGCAUAGAUGAUCUUCUGAAUUUGCCAUUGACCCAACAAGCUCUUGCCCCACAGAAACACCAGAAAUGGGUCAAUGACUUGCUUGAAGGUUCCUUGGGAUACUUGGAUGUGUGUGGCAAAACCAGGGAUGCUAUUCUCUCAAUGCAAGAAGCCAUUCGAGAACUUCAAUCAGCUCUUCGCCGAAAAAGGGCAGGAGACUUGAGUGUUGAAAGCAUUGUCACUUCUUAUACUUGCUCAAGAAGAUUGAUGAAAAAGGAGAUUGCCAAGUCUCUAGCAUCCUUGAAGCCGAUAGAUAAUCAAUUCGGGGAUCUCCCCAUGUCAGAUCAAGAUGAUCCCCUCCCCGCAGUGGUCAGAGUGCUUGCAGAAACAAACUUGAGUACUAUUUCAAUCUUUCACUCGCUGUUGUUAUUCCUUUCGGUGCCAGUGUUUAAACCAAAGCCUAGCAGUAGCAGGUGGUCAUUGGUUUUCAAACAAUUGCAGAAAGGUGUACUUGCAGGCAAAGACCAACAGGCCGGAAACAUGAAUGAGUUAGAGAGGGUGGAUACAGCAGUUGGCAACCUCUUGAUGCACAAUUCAAGCCAAGAUAUGGAGGCACAAAAGAUACAAUCUGCACAGAUUAGGUUGGGUGCUUUGGAUGUUAGCAUGGAAGGCCUUGAGAAAGGUUUGGAAUGCUUGUUUAGGCGCUUGAUCCAAGCAAGAGUAUUGAUCCUAAAUAUAAUUUCUAACUAGGUGAUCCCAUACUCUGGCUUUAGCCUUUUAUCACCUUCUCAAAUGUUUAUCCAUGUACAUGAAUCAAAAUGUAAAGAAACACAUCGCAAUUUUAAUAUGAUUUGCAUUGUUCUUGCUCGAUCA